AUGCACACAAAUGUAUGGUCUAUUCUCAAAACGGUAGUAGGAAGUAUCGCACAGACUGUUUGGCUUGAAUGUACAGGUAUCCUUCUUGUCCGUUACAUCUUGGCUCGCAAGAAGAUUAUCACUCCAAAAUGCAGAACAAGUUUCAACGAAGCCAACAACGUUUUCUUUACUCCCGCUUUCAUCUUCACGAAAAUAGCUUUUCAGCUGAAAGCCUCUCAGAUCGUAGAGCUUUAUGUAGUCAUCAUAAGCUUUGCAGUAGUUACCAUUGUGUCCGCUGCUUUAGCUUACUUGCUAGGCCUACUCCUACGUCUCAGUCCAUCCGAUCGAAGGUUCACAAUGGCUGUUGCUAUGUUUAUGAAUUCGAACUCAUUACCCAUAGCUCUAACAAUGAGCCUACUAGACAACUCCGGUCCAAAAAAUAUAUUUCAGUGGAGCGAAGAUGAUACGAAAUUGCAGCAAUCCGCGAGGUCUACAGCGUACCUCGUACUUUAUAGUACACUCGGUUUAGUUCUCCGAUGGAGUUAUGGUGUCCGUCUUCUUUCAGCUCCAAAACCAGAAGACGAGCAAGAUAAAGCUCAAAAGCAGAACAAACGGAAGUUUUGGAGUUCUAAGAAAGAAAUUCCUUCAACUCCAACAGCAGACGAAACACACGAUAAACACCCAUCCGAACAUGCUGACGAGUCUCCUCGAGUAGAAGACUGUCCUGAUCUGAUGAUGAUACAACAUGGAGAGGGUAGGAUUAAGCCCACACUUUGGAAAAGGGUAUUGACAAGGCUUCACAAUUUUCUCAAAGCUUUGCAUCGGUUCAUGAACCCCACCUUGUAUGCAUCCAUCGCUGCAUUUCUCGUAGUAAUCAUUCCAAAAGUGCAGGGUUUUAUCAGGAGCAUAAAGCCUCUUGAAGGUGGCUUGCAGUUUGCAGCAGACGUCUCAGUGCCUCUAACAAUGGUAGUUUUGGGCGCCUACUUUCACAACCCUAAGCCCGAGUCAUCACAGACUCCAGGCGAAUCUGAUGAAUCAGAUGAACAAAUAGAAUCAGAGAAGAAAGUCGUCAAGGGGCGUUGGAACAAGAUCAUUCAAGGAUUAGGACCACCUGCUGAACGUGAUACGAUGCUCGUAGGAAUCUCAGCUCGGCAUUUCUUAACUCCUCUGAUAGUAGUACCGAUUCUUUAUGCAGUCACUGCUGCUCUUUCAUAUCCCUCAGAUAGCUCAGCUACCUACCCAGAUCCAAUCAAUGAUCCUUGUUUCUUACUAGUGAUGUUAUUAUUAGUUGGAUCGCCACCUGCUAUAACAUUAGUUCAAAUGACUAAUUCAAAUAAAUUUCCAAUCGGUUCAUUAUCUUAUCAACAUCAAAAAGAAUUUAGUCUUAGAUUCCAAAGAUUGAUUUCUAAAACUCUUUUGAUUGCUUAUGUAUUUAUAACUCCCUUCACUAUCAUUAUCUUAGUCUUUGUAGCUAUAAUUAUUCUUCAAAAACGUUCAAUCAAUUAG